GUGUACGAUCCUGAGGUUUCCACCACUUGGUCCGACUGGCACUUGCCACUUCUACUGCCGUUCAAGUCUAGCGGAACGAAAAGCCAGUAUUCGCAGACUCGAUACGACUCAGUCAGUAUCAGUAUCGUGUGCCGCGACGCGUUUUUCGUACACGUGAUACAAGCCGCGCAAAUAUUUAAAAAAAAAUCACGUUUUUUUUUUCAUAGUCGAACGAGAGAAAGAGGAAGAGAUACAUAAACCUUUCUAUUGUAUAAAUAAUUCUGGACUAAUUAAUUGUGUCACUGACUAUAAGUCGGUGACAAUCAUUCAGUUAAAAUCAACAAACUUCGGAAAUGGUGUUCUUUGAGUGUACCGAGUUUAAUUAGUUAAUUAAAAUCUAAAUGUAUCAAUCACUUUAAUUACUUAGUGUUUUUCUCUUAAGAGAAAAAGAAAGAGAGAGAGAGAGAGAGAGCGAGACAGAGGGAGAAAGAAAAAGAAAUGUUACUGACACACGCGUUUUUGUUCAAUUGUUGAUAAAGUAAAGAAGAAAAGUCGUCGAAAAGAAUUCUUAUUAGACUCUGAUUUCUUUUUGGUAUUUUCCAUAUAAAUUCGCAAUACAUAAUUUUACUUUAUAUGUGUGUUUUGUUUUACAAUUUUGUCUUUAAUCUUCACACAGAUCAGCGAAUCGAGAAUCUUUGCGAGAUCAUAUCGACAAAAAAUAAAAUUCUCUGAUGAUAAUUAUCGAAGUUCGACAAGAAUGGUCUUUCGUUGUCGUUAUGAGCAAAAUUAACGAUCUAAAUUAAGAUGAAUUGCUCCAUAUUUUUGUAUUAACUUCCUCUUUUUAAAGCAAUCAUACUCAUUUGAACAGACUCACGCCUUUUUUUUUUUUUUGCGCAAACGACGUCUUGCAUACUGCAACAAGAUUGAUAUUUCCCAUCGUAGCAGUGCUUCCUGUGUUCUGCUGUUUGAGCAAUCAGUCGGGCAUACUCAAAAGCAAAUCUGGAAUAAUAUCGCAUGACUUUUUCACGGAUAUUUGAAGAUAAAGUCUAAAAAGUGUGGAAAUUUACGUUGGAAGUUUUUUUGUUGGAAAAUGUGUGCAAUUUUAUGGUUGUGAUAUCAGAUGGCGAUAUAUAUAUACGCAUUGGAAAAAAGAAGAGGAAAAAAGUAAUAUAGUGACGCUUUGUUUUGCUACUUCUGUCAUCAUGGUGGUGUCACAUCGCGAGCCUAGCAUAUCGACGAACAUACGAGCAAUAAUCGAGCAGCUGAAUUUGAGUCCGGUUAAGAGGCGACAAUUAAUUGACAAGAAGAACAGAAAGGAUAACGCGCGAUGCAAGAGUUUUCCAGACGGUAUAAUGGAUUCGCAGACGAAAAUCAGUAUAGGCAUUUACGGUUGCAAGGAGCGGAACGGCGAGUUCGAAAUAUCGAAACCGAUUUGUAAGUCUACAAUGCGCAAGAUUGAGCGCGCGCGACCAGAGACGGAAGCGCGUCGGAAAUUUUCUACGGAAAAUAAAAAAGUGACUUUUCUACCGAAAAAAGAAGCGAUUCGCACGGAUCAGAUAAAGAAAGAGGCGUCUUUCGUACAAACGAAGAAAGAAACACAAACGGAAUAUGCAAGCAAGUGUCCAAUAGUGUCGAUUGGAUUCUUUAAUAAGGAUAAGAGCGGCCGAAUAAGAUCAACGAUGACGGCGACAUCAACAACGAUGUCAUUAUCGACGAAGAUUCUUCCUAAAGGUCAGAAGAUGAUCGAGAGAGAGCACAUCACUCGAAUAUGCGACUAUAGCACGAUCGAGAUUGUACGAUCAACGAAAGAUGUGAAUGAUCGGACCAAUCCGGUGGCCAAAGAUUUACCGCAGUUAGAAAGCGCGAGUCUGAGUCACACGGCGGCGCAUCACCGGAUCUCUGUGCGACCGAAGAACCGGCGUCCACCACGUCGCGUGACAUCGACGAUAUCCAACGUCACCGUACCUAGCUCAUCAUCAAUUCCACUGACUGUUGCGGAAAACACGUUGGAUAAUUUGGAGCAAAAAGUAUUGUCGCAACAACAAUCUACAAGUAACGCGUCAUCGACGGAAGCGCUCAGAACUAUUGGAGUUACAAGAAAAUUAUCGAGCCGAUUGUCGCGCAACUCCGACAUCUUUGAAGAGUUAGAGACGAGAUUGCCGAGAAAGUCAAGCGCGACUUCGCUGUCGCCGGAUAGUCUAGAUGUCACAACGACGUCACGGAGUAGCACGGAAAUGACGGCAACCGCCGCGGAAGAACAUCAGCAAUCCGAAGUAAGAUGGGUAUCGAUCACUAGAAGACCAUCGACUCAGAUAUCCAAGAGUUCAGAUGUGUUUGAAGAGCUGGAAGCAAAGUUGCCGCGCAGAAGAUCAUCGUCAAAUCGCCUUUCCAAAUCACCGGACAGUCUGGAUUUAUCGCCCAACUGUUGGUACUCUAAAUCUACAGAAGAGGACUUUGACAAGCUAGUGGAGUAUGAGGAAAUCACAAAACCGAUUAGUUCUGUCAGACAACCACCGUUCUUGAAUCAAAUCUCCAAAUCCAGUGAUCGCGUGUUCAAAUCGUCGGAUAGUAUAGAAACGAUCGAACCUCUAGUUAGUGACGACUCGAUCGAGCGACGGCAAAGCGGUUUUGAUUUUCGAACGUGCAAACGCUCGAGGCCCAUGUCCAAGUCAUCGGAAAGUUUUGACGUGUUUAAACAGAGAGAUUGCAUUGACGAGGAGAUAAGUCAAGAGUUGCAAAAAAGAAGCAGCGUGUCCGACAUUAAUCUAGCACGCGAUAGAAAACUGUCGAAAAACAUUUCCAAGUCUUUCGAUAACUUCGACAAAAUUGAUAUGUGCGAGGCAAAAGAUGACGUCGAAAUAGAAGUGAUAGAUUAUGAUGUUUCAAAAGACGAUAAGCAGUCAAUGAAGAGGAUAUCUUCCGAAAGUUCGGAUAAUCAAGACGUAGAAAACAGAAUUGAAAAUAGAAGAAUUAGAAGAAUACCGAAAAGAAUACCAAGUGCUCACGUAGCGGAUGCGAUUGUUUCCGGAGACGAGGGAGAGAAACGACCAACACUUACCAAAAAACCGCCAAGACUGCAGAAAUCUUCCGAGAGUUCGGAAUUAGGUAGCACGGACACGUUAGAUUCGGAGCGGAGAAACAAGUCGUCGGAGAGCACCGAGACGCUCGACAGUUUGGAGAAAGAUCUGGAGCAGGACAGAAAGGACAGCGAAGUUACGGACAGCGUUUUAGACAAGCACGAGAAGAAUGUAAAGCAUAUUAAGGAUUUUUGGUCUAGUAGAAACAUAGCAGUUACCGAUUCCGAAGCGUCAAUGAGAGAUGAUACCGAGAAGUCGUUUAUUCCCGCCGACAACAAGUACUAUUGGCGACAAUCUUCCGAACCGGUGUCUAAAGAAAAUUUGGGUAUUCAACAGUUGUUGGCCAUCACGAUAAUGACCACGAGGAUAACUGACAACGAUAACAAUCAACGCAGUACCGUCAUUUAUCCAAAGAAGAAACAACAAAGCACGUCGCAGCCAACGUCACCGGUAACUAAGCAAGAGGAUACAAAGAUGUUGUUUGACAAUUUGCUUGUUAGCAGCAGGAACGAUGAGGACCUGCAGAACAUGCUGAACGGAAACAUAUCAGAGGUGUCUACUGAUACCAAAAGCUUUAAGGAGAAGCUAAUCAUGUUUGAAAAACUUGGUAAAUAAAACGCGACAUUAAAACAAUGUUGUGAAAUUGUCUCCAUAAUUCCUUCAAUUAAUAAAAUGCUUUGAAUCAGUGGUCGCAGAAUAAAAGAAGACAGGAAAAGUAAGAAGAAAAAAUUAACGAUCUCGUUUAGUGCUUGAUAAAUAUACUUGCUGUUAGAUAGAGUACACAUCUUAAUAUUUUCGAAGUUGCUUUGAUUACGAAUAGUGUAAAAACCAAAAGAAAAAUCAAAGAUUAAAUUGAAAAUCAUGGAAAAUCUUAUUAUAAAAAAAUGCAAAACGAUU